CAAAAUGGGCUGUUGAUAUGAAUGGACCUACAUGUGAUAGCUUAAGACUAAACCACCCAGAGACAAAUGUGAUGAAUGUGCCAGCUGAUACAUUUUUGGCCCUUUUAAAAGAAUGGCAGCAGCUUUGUGCCUCUUGUAUGUUGAUAACAAGCAACUGCUCCCCUCACCCUAAUUUGGAUAUGUCAACAAGUGAUGAGGAAGAAGAAGAGAGCAAUGAUGAUGAUGAUGAUGAUGAUGAUGAUGAUGAUGAUGAUGAUGAUGAUAAUGGAGGUGAAGUGUAUGAGGUUGACCAUAUUUUGGAUAUUUGUUACAGAAAGCCUAAUGGUGGUAGAAAGUCUGGCCUAUAUUUUAAGAUACAUUGGAAGGGGUAUGAUGAUGAUUAUGACACAUGGGAACCAAUAGAGGGAUUAAGUGGUUUCCCUCAAAAGAUCAAAGAAUUUGUGGAGCAUAUGGCUUCUCACAAUUUUGCAUGCGUGUCUUUUUGUGGGGUGCCCUUCAAGGAGAGAAGCUGCCACAAUUUCCUUUGCCAGCCCACAAAGUUGAUAGUAGAGGGAGGCAUCAUAUCCAAAGAGUUUGAGUGCAACAAUGUUGAUUAUGAAAACCAUGAUGUCAACCUAAAGGACGCACUCUUUCUUGAAGAUGUCAUUUCCGAUCUUCCUAAGGUUGAGAAUACUGAGGUUAGAGAAGAGAUGCAUUAUGUUGAUGAUCCAAAAACUCAUUUUCAGCGGUUUAUAAGAAGACUUGGGCGAGAUGGUGUGCUUGGACAAGUUUUGUACGAUCAUUGUAAAUUAAAGUUGAAUGAAGACGAUUAUCAACGUGUAUGCCAUGUUCCAAAGAGGAAGGGAACAAAUUUUAGAGAUUUACCUGGUGUUCGCGUGGUUGGCAAUAAGGUGGAGUUGGAUCCAAAUGUCGAAAGAGUGUAUUUGCCUUUUGGGAAGCCAUUGGUACCUAACUAUGCUAUCUCUUUUGUGAAAGGGACUUCGACCAAGCCAUUCAAAAGAUUAUGGUGGGAUGAAACUGUCCCAACCGUUGUCACCAGGGCUGAGCCUCACAAUCAGGCCAUUUGUCACCCUGUCCAAGACCGAGUUCUCACAAUCAGAGAAAACGCGCGGUUACAGGAAUUUACUGAUUACUACAAGCUUUGUGGCUCCAUCAAAGAAAAGUACACACAAGUGGGAAAUGCAGUUGUUGUUCUAGUUGCCAAAGCUUUAGGUUACUCAUUAGCUCUCUCAUUCAAAGGCUUGUCUGAAGCAGCCGCCAUGUUUACAUUGCCCGAAGGAUAUGGCGCGAUUCAAGAGCUACCAGUUGAUCAAACGUCUUUUUCCGAAUUUCCAUAAUGAAGUUUUUGAAGGUUAUUAUUGAUUGCGCUAUGGCAUACAGUUUUUUAAAGUAAUUUUUCUUUUCUUCUCUGCAUUUGGACAAGUUAAAAAAACCCAUUGUUGCAGUAAAAUUUAGUUUGAUGU